AUGCCCCUCAUCAGUGAUAUUCCUCAGUUGAAUGGUGUUUAUAUCUUCAAUAGUAGUGAAUCUUUACAUGAAGAAUGGACAACAAAAUGGCAAAAAAUCAAGAGUGUUCAUACCAACAUCGAUGACAUGUGCGAAGCAUUACAAUCGGGCAUCAACACAUAUAAUCAGGAUUCGAUUGCUAUGAGUUUUCUGACUGUAAAUGAAGUGUCUUCAACUGCUAAUUUAAACCAGCUAGACCCAACAUUUAUGUACACUCAGCUAUUCAAAGAAAUUCUUCUUAAUCUAAAACACAAUAGCCAGGCUACCAAGGACUUUGUUACUUAUUGCCGACAAAAUAAUUCCGGAUCGGCAAUCAAUAUUGAUCGAUUCGAAAAAGAAUACCAUGCUAAAUCACCUAUUUGGUGGUAUACUCACUUACCAUUUAUCUAUUCUAUGCUUAAUUAUGGUCUCCGAACAAUGGACGCUGAUAUAAUUAUUACUAUGGGUUUUUUCCUACGUGAUGUACAUGGACAAAUUCAACAGUUAUACGAACAGCAAGUCAGUAGUUAUGGAAGCGAACCGUUUUUAGUUUAUCGGGGACAAGGUCUUAUGAAAUCAGACUUCGAAAAACUUCAAAAAACCAAAGGUGGACUUAUAUCAUUUAACAAUUUCUUAUCCACCAGUACAGAUAAAAACGUGUCCAUCGGUUUUGCUCAUGGUGCAUUGGGAAAUGAAGAUAUGGUGGGUAUUCUAUUCAUAAUUUCCAUUGAUCCUAGUGUCAAAUCAGUACCAUUUGCCUCUAUCAAGAAGCUGAGCUAUUUUCAGGAAGAAAAUGAAAUUCUCUUCUCAAUGCACACCAUCUUUCGAGUCGGUGCAAUUAACGUAAUAGACAAUAAUAAUCAACUUUAUCAAAUUACAUUACAAUUAACGUCCGACGAUGAUCAACAACUACGAUUACUUACUGAUCGAAUACGAGAAGAAGCUAGUGGCGAUACUGGAUGGAAAAGAUUGGGUAAAUUAUUGCUUAAAAUUGGUCAAUUUAAUAAGGCUGAAGAACUUUAUAACGUGUUACUCGAACAGACAUCUGAUGAGAGCAAAAAAGCGAUUUAUUAUAUUUGUCUGGGAUCUGUCAAAAAUGGUCAAGGUGAUUAUGAAAAGGCUAUUUGGUAUCACGAACAAGGACUUGAAAUCUAUGAAAAAACUCUUCCUUCAAAUCAUCCUGAAUUGGCUGGCUCAUACGGCAACAUCGGUAUCGUGUAUAGCAACAUGGGAGAGUACUCGAAAGCACUUUCAUUUUACGAAAAGGCACUUCAUAUUCGACAAAAAACUCUUCCUUCAAGUCAUCCCGAUUUGGCUCGUUCGUACAACGACAUCGGCGUGGUGUAUAACAAGCUGAGAGAGUAUUCGAAAUCACUUUCAUUCUACGAGAAAACCCUUAAAAUCUUUCAAGAAACUCUUCCUUCAAAUCAUCCCCUUUUAGCUACUUCAUGCAUCAACAUCGGUAUGCUAUAUUUCAACAUGGGAGAAUACUCGAAAGCACUUUCAUUUUACGAAAAAGCACUUGAAAUUCAACAAAAAAGUCUUCCUUCAAAUCAUCCUGAUUUGGCUACUUCAUACAAC